AAAUUCUUGAACAUGCUUUUUUACAAGAACAAUAUCCUGAUAUUCAUCGUCGUGAACAAUUAUCAAAUGAAAUAGGUACAAGUGAAGCACGUGUACAAGUUUGGUUUCAAAAUAAACGAUCACGUUGUCGAAAACGUUUAUUAACAAAAACAAUAGCUAAUGACAAUAGUAUUGAAAAUGAUGAAACAAAUUCAAAAUUACAUCAUGAUAAUACAUAUGAUGAUUUACAAUCUCGAACACCAAUGAAAACUAUUCCAACAGCAAAUAUUUUACCAUUUACUCCAACACCUGUUCAAUCACUUUUGGCUACACAUUUUCCUUUUUUUCUUCAGCAUUUCUAUUAA